AUGCCUGCAAUUAGUCGAUCACAUUUUUCAGAAAUACAAAGCAAAUCGGUUCCCAACGGAAACGAUAGUUUAAAUGAAGAACAAAUAGAACAAGAAGGAUUUGAAGAUGUAACAACAUCAUUAAUAUCAAUUCCGACUGCAGGAAGACGUUUUUGUCGCCAAUUCAGCGAACAAAGCGUUGAUGAUAUACGACUAGGCCACUUAUUUGAUGCAGACGAAGAAUCCUUAUCUUUUACUGGCAAAAUGGAAAGGCUUCCGUACAAAAUCGCUGAUAUCAAACUAGCAAAAUCAGGUAGAAAAGCCUUAUCAAUGGCUGAAUUUGAAAUGCCCGGAGUAAUGCGAUUACGAAAAAUAUAUGGUCCUACAAAACCAUUGAAAGGUGUUCGUCUUGCUGGAUGUUUACAUGUGACGGCACAAACAGGAGUAAUGAUUGAAACAUUACGUGAAUUAGGUGCUGAAAUUCGAUGGAGUUGUUGUAAUCCAUUAUCAACACAAGAUCAUAUUGCAGCUGCAUUAGUUAAAGCUGGUAUAGCCAUUUUUGCUUGGAAAGGAGAAACAGAAGAAGAAAAAUUAUGGUGUAUAGAUCAGACAAUUUAUUUUGCUAAUGGUGAACCAUUGAAUGCAAUCUUGGAUGAUGGUUGUAAUUUAACACGAAUUGUACAUGAAAAAUAUCUACAUUUAACACAUGCUAUUCAUGGUGGUAGUGAAGAAACAACAGCUGGUAUAACAAAAUUACGUAAAUUAUUAAAAAGUAAAAAAUUAAGCAUCCCAGUCAUUAAUGUUAAUGAUAGUGUAACAAAAUCAAAAUUUGAUAAUAAUUAUGGAUGUGGUGAAAGUCUCGUUGAUGGUAUUAAACGAGCGACCGAUACCAUGAUUGGAGGAAAAACAGUAGUAAUUAUUGGAUAUGGUAAUGUAGGAAAAGGAUGUGCAAAAACAUUGAGUGGUCAUGGUGCGAAAGUGAUUAUUACUGAAAUCGAUCCAAUUUGUGCUUUACAAGCUGCAAUGGAUGGAUAUCAAGUGACAACGAUAGCUGAAGCAUGUAAAAUUGGUCACAUAUUCGUCACAGCUACUGGUUCAACUGAACUAAUUCGUGGUGAACAUAUUAUGGAAAUGCGUGAUAUGGCUAUUUUAUGUAAUAUUGGUUCAGGUCAAACUGAAAUUGAUGUUGUAUGGUUAAAAGCCAAUGCAAUCAAAAUUGAAAAUGUUAAACCACAAGUUGAUAUUUAUCAUUUACCAAAUGGUCGUGCUGUAAUUUUACCUGCUGAUGGACGUGUGAUUAAUCUUUCUUGUGCUCAUGGUAAUCCAAGUUUUGUUAUGAGCAAUUCAUUUUCAAAUCAAAUCUUGGCACAAAUUGAAUUAUUUACAAAAAAAGGACAAUAUCCAAUUGGAAUUCAUAUUCUUCCAAAAACUUUGGACGAAGAGGUAGCCAUCGCACAUUUAGAAUAUUUAGGCAUCAAAUUGGAUAAAUUGACACCAACUCAAUCAGCAUAUAUAGAUGUACAUCCCGAUGGCCCAUUUAAACCUAUUUAUUAUCGAUAUUAG